AAAAUCCGGGAGAUAAGUGCAAAAGUGUAUCAUGCUUGCUAAUGGUGGCGGAGAGCGUAAAGUUUAUAUCUGGUUACGUGCACCCACACAGACAGUGUAGUAGAGGUGACGGCAGUUAAAGCAACAUUCCUAGAUGCACCACACCCACAAGCCACCUCCAGGCUGGUAACUUCCUCUUAGCUGGAGUUUUCGUGAGGUGUCAUAGACGAAUGUGGGAGAAAUCAAUGGUGUAAAGGCCCAACGACUGUUGUACUUUGGUUGUUGAGAGGCAGGGUCAGCAGUGUGAGGAUCCAGUAUUUCUAUCCUGGCCCUCAUCACACACACACACGUACCCACACCACACACAUCGUAUCAAAGAUUGAAGAAGUGGAACGAGGGAGGUGUCCAGAGGGUUGUGGCGGCCAGAGCAUAAUGGAGGACGCAGGUGUGUGUGAGGACAUAGCUUACAAUAGAAGAAACUUGAGCGGGUCUGCCCUGUGUCCCAGUCCAGGACCCGCCGACAACCCUGAUGACUUUCAUGUGACGAUGUCGUGGGGCCUCAACGCCCUCCUUGUGCCUCUCACCUACGCCAGGUCACUGCUUCGUGAGGGUGACCUCUCUUCACUGACCUCCCUUGUGUCAGCUUAUUACCAGGCGGGGGAGGAGAAGGUCACCAUCGGCUAUAACGUGUCGGCCAAUGACACGUUGACAAGCAUUGCAGCCAGGUUUGACACAACGCCCUCGGAACUAAGCAAGCUCAACAAGCUGUCCACCAGGUUUGUGUACCCUGGCCAGGUGAUAGCCGUCCCAGACAAGUCAGCAUUACUGGACAACAAGGCCGACGGGGGGCUACAAGACGCCACUGAGAGCAAUGGACAAGACCCGUUAGCCCAAAUUCGACCUCCCUCACCAAUACAACGAGGCGACCUCAAAACUCCAGUAUCACCCCAUACCUGCCCUCGAACACCAGCCAAUUCAGUGGAUAUUGAAAAAUCAUUGGACCGUGAAUGUCUAGAGAAGUUUUUGAAGAUCAGUGUCCGGCAUAUCACAGAUGGACAGGGAGUUGUGGCAGGCGUCCUCCUAGUGACUCCAAAUGCAGUAAUGUUUGAUCCUAAUGUGUCUGAUCCUCUGGUUAUUGAACAUGGGCCUGAAAGUUAUGGUGUCAUCGCUCCUAUGGAGUUCGUUGUUAAUGCAGCACUCUAUUAUGACAUUGCACAUAUGAGAGUUAAAGAUACCAAUCUACCAAAGCCUGAAAUUCCAAAGCCAGAGAUCUACUGGGGCCCAAGUCACGUGGAGCGUACUGGGAGCCAAGAGUCUCCAGGGAAGGAUGCGUCUCUCAGCAAAGAUGCAACUUUUCCUGAAUUAGCAGCAUCCCAAGAUGAUAAUGAUUCAUCAUGUUCUUGUGGAGGUGAUACACGUGAAAGUUCAGCAUUUCCAAAGGCCUUUGAGCAUGAACUCCUUACUCCCAUAGGUUCAGAUGUUUCUCCUGCUAGCGGUGAUGGGCAACCCUCAUCCGGACAGCCUUCACCUAGUGGCCUGCAGCAGCAAACAGGACCUGUUGCUGGAGAUCUUACGCCGAUAGCUGAGGCAAGUCGUCUAGAAGACUCCCAUGCCACACCCCCAAGCCUUGCUCAAACCCAAUGUGAUAAUACAGCUGCUCAGGACCUUGCUCAAACUGAUUGGACUGCAGCAACCACACAAAUGGAAGAUGAGUCCAUGUGCAAUGAUAAGAAGAGGACCACUUCAGUUACUUUUGACCUAACUGGGGAGGGUGAAGAAGCCAUACCAGACAUAGGAAGUGAAGCCAGUAUACAAGAAUCACGGAAGCAAAAGGUUUUCAAACGCCUGUCAUAUCCUCUGUCAUGGAUGGAAAGCUUCAACACGGAUAAAGACAGCAUGGCCCAGAACCAGGCGGCCCACCCAUCAUCAGCACCACCAGUCAGUACUGUCGGAGGGAAUGUUGGCCCAGAGGGACCUGAUGGAAACAAAGCAGGAAUGUUUUCCAAUGUAUUCAGUAUGUCCAAUGUCUCCAGUAUGCUGUCCAGUUCGCCCAAAUACCUGGUUGACUUCAGUAGUGGGCUUUUCGCUCGCUCCCCCUCUGAUUCCACGAGCUCCGUGCGGGAUGUAACGGAGCUGGGUACCCCCCCAGGUUCACUUGAGGGGUACCGUGUAGCGCACUCUGUUUUUUACCGCAAACAGUCAAGCUUGGGUAAUGACAAGGAGGAAAGGAAAGGCAUACCUAUAUUCCAUCCAGGGCGGCCAUCAAUGGACUUUGCAAGGCGACCAACAAACCAACAACCUUUGUUAGUGUCAACCCAACAAACCCCUCCUCUAGCAUCAGGCAUACCAACACAUGCUGUUAAUCAGCAAUCAUCACAGCAACAACAGAUCCUAGCUAACACACUGGGAUUGAUCACAACAGAAAAUCAACAAGCACAGAAGAGAGCGCAGUAUAAGGAAGGCCCCAAAUUUGGUCUCAAGAGUAUGGUCAGUAUGGAUGAUAUGCCUGAGCUCUUCGCAUCAUUUGACAUUCUAGCUCCACACUUCCCAUCCCUACAUGAGUUGGAUUUAGGCAUCAAGGAGGACACUUUGAAAGAAUUAAUCCCAAAGCCAGCUACAUCAUGUGAGGACCCUCCACUAUAUUUGUGUCUCAGGAUGGGUAAACCAGCUGGCAAACGUAUCCCAAAGUCCACUCCUGUGAUGUCUUAUGGAAAGAAGAGGAUGAGACCAGAAUACUGGUUCAGUAUUCCAAGAAAUAGAUCAGAUGAGUUAUUCAACUUCUUCCAGUUGUGGGCUCAUGAUAUUUAUGGAGAGCUGAAUGAGGAUGAAGUUGCAACAAAAGGUUUUGUCCUAGUAGAGGAGGAUACUGAACUCUGGGCUGAUGAGGAGCAUGAAGGAGAAAAUGAAGACAGAUUAGGAGGGGAGCUGACGGAAAUGACCAAAGAAUCAUGGGAGAAAAUAAAAGCCCCUUAUGUUAAGCUCUAUUCAUUGAUGAAGAGUCAGAUGACCAUCUCCACGGAAUCGGAAAACCCAGAGGUGGUAUCUAUGAGUGAAGAGUUACGGAGAGCGCUCUAUUCUUCGGGCUCGCUCACCAGCCUAGACCUGGAAGCCUUUCUACCUGAGAUCGUUGGUACAUCUGAAAUUAUCACUGAUAUUGUUCGAAAGAACAUGUACAAGAAGCUACCAGCUCGUGCCCAGGGUUACUCAUGGAAGUUGGUGUUCAGUACUUCACAAAAUGGCUUCAGCCUCAACUCCUUAUAUCGCAAGAUGAGUGAUGUCGAGACUCCAGUCAUGCUUUUCAUCCAAGAUACACAUCAAAAUGUUUUUGGUGCAGUAGUUUCUGGUUCCUUGCAUGUGAGUGAACUUUACUAUGGUACAGGAGAGUCCUUCCUCUUCUCAUUUCAUCCAGAGUUCCAAGUGUUCCCGUGGACGGGGGAGAACACUUUCUUUGUCAGAGGCAACAAUGAAUCCCUUAUUGUUGGAGGGGGCGAUGGUAACUUUGGGCUGUGGUUGGAUGGAGAUCUAUACCAAGGAAGGACUCAGCCUUGCAAGACAUACAAUAACCCACAGCUUACUGACUCGGAGGACUUCAUCAUCAAGUCUGUAGAGUGCUGGUGCUUUGAGUGAGAUCCAUAUACAAUCAAGCAGUGGUUUUAAAAUGUGAUUCCAGUGCCCCAUGCCCUGAGUGGCAGAUUGCAGCAAGAGAGCUAAAGCGUGGACCUGGUUCUGUGGGACCAGGAACCCACUAUAUGGUGUUAGGAGUUUGCACUGUAGCUCGCUAUCUGGUAACCUGGAAAAAGUUGGUUGCAUAUGUUUAUGGAGUGGUUAUGCGAGGGUUUUAAUAAUGAUAUUUUGAAAGUUG